CAGCAAGCAGGAGCCUUCCCUGGCCUAAAAAGCUCAGCUGAACAGAGCAGCCCCUGGAGGUCCCUCACUCCCCUCUCUCCUUGCAGUGAUAUCAGCCCCUUGCUGAAGGAUCCUGUAGCCUUCAGGACUUUGAUUGAUCUUCUGGAGGAUCAUUUGAGGGCAUCUUUCCCCAAAAUCGACUUCAUUGCAGGCCUGGACUCCCGUGGAUUCCUCAUUGGGCCUCCCUUGGCCCAGAGGUUGGGGAUUGGCUUCGUGCCCAUACGGAAAAAGGGGAAACUCCCUGGGCCGACUGAGUCCAUCUCCUACGCCCUGGAGUAUGGCAAGGCUGAACUGGAAAUCCAGAGUGAUGCUGUGGAACCAGGACAGAAAGUGGUGAUUGUGGAUGACUUGCUGGCAACUGGAGGUACCAUGUGUGCAGCCUGUGAACUGCUGAAGAGGCUGAAGGCUGAAAUCCUGGAGUGCCUGGUGAUCAUUGAGUUAAAAUCCCUGAAAGGAUCAGAAAAGCUCAAUUCCAUCCCUUUCUACUCCCUGCUGCAGUAUGACUGA